AUGCAAUUAAAAGAAUAAGACAAAGUGCUUAUUGAAAUAUUGAAGAAAAAUGAGAUGACUGAGUAGAAAAAGAAAAAAUUUUAAAAUUCAAUAAAAAGUUUAGUGCAUUUCCUGAAACAACUUGAUUAUGAUCCAUUUAAAACAGAGAUUGAAUAUUGCAUCUUUGGAUCAUAAUUAAAUGGAUUUGGAACAAAGGAAUCAGAUGUGGAUUUCACAUUUCUCACUAAUUCUUAUGUUGAUGAAAGGAUUGCUCUUAGAUAUUUAAGAUAAGAAAUCUAAUCUGUUGAUUAAAAUAAGUUCAAAAUUAAUGAAUUGGUAGAAUUUGCCAGAAUUGCUGUAAUGAAAAUACAAGAUUAAACUAGUGAAAUAGAAAUAGAUAUGUGUUUUAACAAUCUGUUAGGAGUAAUCAACACUAAGUUAUUGAAUGCAUAUGCAAACUUAAAUGAGAAAGUUUAAUAAGUAUUUAUUAAUAUUAUAUAUUAGGGUGGAAUUUUAUUAAAAUUAUGGGGUAAGAAGUAAGGAAUAAUAAAUAAAAAUUGUUUUUCUUCUUAUGCUAUAUUAAUUAUGUGGCUACAUUUCUUAUAAAAAAAGUAUCAAAUGCCCAAUCUUUAGGAUAAAUAAUAUAAAAACUCUAAAUAAUAAUAGACAAAAUUAAUGAUUAAAAGAAAUAUAGAAGGUAAAAAGGNUUAAAAUAAAGUGAAUACUCUAAUAUAUAAAGUAUCUAAAUCAUAAUUAAUUAUAAAUUCUUAUAGAUUAAAUUAUUAAUACUUCCAAAAAUUUCAUUAAUUAAAUUAAUUAUGAUUCAUCAAUUCAUUCAAUAAGCUUAUGAAGACCCAUUUUGCCCAUAAAUCAAAGCCUCAGCUAUAAAAUUAAACUAACCUUAAACCUCUCCAAUAUUUCAUGUUGAUUGCAAAUUCACAAAAAAAAAAAUUUGCACCUGUUAAAAUUUCUGCUCAAUUCCAUUCAUUCAAUAAUAAAAUUAGAGAGCUUUACAAGUUUUCUUAUAACAUGAAUUAGAUGGUUUGAAAUUAGAGGAUUUUAAAGAAGCCUAGUUAUUAGUAAAUUAAUUGCCUUAUAAUAAUAGCAUGAUUUCUAUUAAGAAAAAAUUGAAAAUACAUAAGAAGUAGAAAAAGCCUCUUGA